GCUGACCUGCAAGCAGGCCUGGGGGACUUUCGCCGCACACCCCCAUCAGGCCGGGCUUCACAGGGGAGCCUGUGGGCAGCCCCUCCCUGCAGGCCUCAGGAGAUGUGAGACGGGCGCCCAAACCCACCGGACAGUUCAGGUGAGUGUGGGGCGAGGGCCUCCAGGGACCACCUCUUGUCCCAGUCCUCAAAAUGGCUGCAUCCCUGGCAGAGACAGGCAGGAAAAGCCGGAACCUGGUGCUGGUUGGGGAGGGGCAGAGUCCAAGCAAUCAAUGGGGCCCUCGCAUUGCCUGUUGCCGGGAGGGAGAACCCAGGCUUGGGGGAGCUGCAGCAGGGAAGGAGGCUCCUGCCAUGGCUGGGGGCUGGACCAUCUUGCCUGUGGGGCCCACCCUCAUCUGCUUUGGGGCACUUGGGGCUGCUCUGUGAACCCCUGGCUGGAGCUUCAGGAGGGUCCUGAGGGGCAAGGAGUGCCCUCCAGAGGGCGUCUUCCUGAAGCCAAGACUCAGGUGGGAACGACUCUAUUAUUCUCCCUUCAUCCUCCACACACCUCUUGGAGGAGGGGAAAUUUGGCGGGAGACGGUGAGGUCCUGCCUCAGUUUCCCCCCCUGGCUCCAUUUCCUGAGUAGGGUUCACGGUGGGUAGCUCCGUGCCUCAGUUUCCCCACGCUGGGUCUCCAUCCCCCUUUCUGGCCUGAGCUACAGACCCUGGCCGCUCCUUCUUGCCCCGCUUCCCCCAGCAGAGGCAGCGGCGAUGGGCGCUGGCGGCCCCAGGCGGGGCGAGGGCCCCCCAGACGGCGGCUGGGGUUGGACGGUGCUGGGCGCCUGCUUCGUGGUCACCGGCUUCGCCUACGGCUUCCCCAAGGCUGUGAGCGUCUUCUUCCGCGCGCUUAUGCGCGACUUCGGUGCGGGCUACAGCGACACGGCCUGGGUGUCCUCCAUCAUGCUCGCCAUGCUCUACGGCACCGGUCAGCGCCCCCUGGCGGAUCCCUCCGCGUCUCCCCAGGCCCAGGGCGGCGGGUCCAUCAGGGACCAGGGGAGCCCCUGAGCAUCGCGGGGGGCUGUGGAAGCGCUGGUGGAGAGGGCAGGAGGGCGGCAGCGGUCACAGGUGGAGCUGCACCCAGGCGGUGACCCGGCAGGCUUGGCCAGCCGGCAGGGCCCCUCCAUUCUUGCCCCAAGUCCUGCAGCCGCCGGUUACGGGUGGGGCACUGACGUCGGAGUAAGAUUACCGCUCCCGGAAGCCCUCAUCACCUGUGAGGGGCGCGGAGCUGCUGGAGUUCCUCUGGCCAAGCAGAGUGCGGGGUGCGGGGCCUGGUGAGGAAAGCAGAUCAAACGGUGGUUCCCGCAGUGAAGAUCAAACAGGAGUGGGGUCUGCCCCUUCGGCUUUGGUCUGGGGGUGGGCGCUCUGGCCCAGGACGGGUCCCUCCCCCGUGUCCCCCUCAGGGUGCUGUCUCCUUUGGUCGGUCUCAGCCAAACUUUGUGACCUUGGCCAGACACUGCCUUCUCUGAGCCAACGUGACCUUUGCCCUUUGAUCCGUCUUCCCGGGCUGGAAGGUGCAAAGCCUGGAGUGUCCACAGGAGAGAUGACCGGCCCAGGCCGUGUCGUGACCCUGCCCUGCCCACAGGCCCGGUGUCCAGCAUCCUCGUGACUCGCUUUGGCUGUCGCCCCGUCAUGCUGGUGGGUGGACUGUUGGCCUCGGCGGGCAUGGUCCUUGCAUCCUUUGCCACCAGCCUCCUGGAGCUCUACCUGACCGCUGGGGUGCUCACUGGCCUGGGCCUGGCCCUCAAUUUCCAGCCGUCGCUUAUCAUGCUGGGGCUGUACUUCGAGCGGCGGCGGCCUCUGGCUAACGGGCUGGCGGCGGCGGGCAGCCCCGUGUUCUUGUCGGCGCUGUCGCCGCUCGGCCAGCAGCUGCUCGAGAGCUUCGGCUGGCGCGGCGGCUUCCUGCUGCUCGGCGGCCUCCUGCUGCACUGCUGCGCGUGCGGCGCCGUCAUGCGGCCGCCCCCCGGGCCCGGCCGGUGGCCGCGCGGUGACAGCGCGGGCGACGGUCCUGGGGAGCCGGAUGGCACCGAGCUGCGCCUGCGCGCGGCGCCCCCUGGCUGCCAGACCCGCCGGCGGCGCCUGCUGGACGUGGCCGUGUGCGCCGACCGUGCCUUCGCCGUGUACGCUGUCACCAAAUUCCUGAUGGCGCUCGGGCUCUUCGUUCCCGCCAUCCUUUUGGUGAACUACGCCAAGGACUCCGGAGUGCCUGAUGCCGACGCCGCCUUCCUGCUGUCCAUCGUGGGCUUCAUAGACAUCGUGGCGCGGCCGGCGUGUGGCGCUCUGGCCGGCCUGGCGCCCUUGCGACCCCACGUCGCCUACCUCUUCAGCCUGGCCCUGAUGGCCAACGGGCUCACGGACCUGAGCAGCGCUCACGCGCGCUCCUACAGCGCCCUAGUCGCCUUCUGCGUCGCCUUUGGCCUCUCCUACGGCAUGGUGGGCGCGUUGCAGUUCGAGGUGCUCAUGGCGACCGUGGGUGCGCACCGCUUCCCCAGUGCACUGGGCCUGGUGCUGCUCAUUGAAGCCGUGGCUGUGCUCAUCGGACCACCCUCUGCCGGCCGCCUGGUGGACACACUGAAGAACUAUGAGAUCAUCUUCUACCUGGCCGGCUCUGAGGUGGCCCUGGCUGGGGUCUUCAUGGCUGUGGCCACAUGCUGCCUGCACCGCUCUCAGGAUGCCCCACCCAGCACGGGCACCGAGGACGCGGAGGCCAAAGUGGAUGCCGAGGCCUUGCCCGCCAGCACCGAGGAGCCUGGCAGCCUUGAGUUUCUGGAGGAGCCAAGCCCUGAGGCUGAGCCUGCGGAGCGCGAGGUGGAGGCAGAGGCACAGCUGCGCCCAGACUCUAUGCAGUGCGAGGGCCCUGGGCAGGGUGGCCAGUGACCCAGGGACGGGGCUUCCCUCCCCAAAGCCCUGGCUGCCCCAAGAGGGCCUGGCACACUGCAGGCUGCCCUGGGGUUAUCAGCCUCUGGGCCCAGGAGGGCAGCUCCCUGCCUCAUUGGCCCAGUGCGCCAUGGCCAGGCCCUGGCCUCACUCAGGAAAGCUGCUGUGUGUAGACGGGGUCUGGAUCUCUGUGA